GAUCGUAAAAAGACAGAUCAGGCCAGAGGCCCACCUCAUCCCACAUCCUGUUCUCACAGUGGCCAACCAGAUGAGCCAAUGGGAAGCCUGCAAGCAGGACUCAGGUGUCACAGCACUUGUGAUUCCAAGCAAAAUGGUACCCAGGGGGUAAAUUGCCUUUGAUAGUAGAGGCUGAAAAAACCAUCACAGCUAGUAGGCACUGGGAACCUUAUUUGUUUAAGAAAUGUGAAUUCGGUAGCAUUUCAAACAACAAAUUCAUAUAUAAAAUGUAAGCGUAUGAGCCAAAUACUGCACACAUUCUUAAAAGAUUACAAUUUUAAGACUGCAAUUUGCUGGAACCUGUCUUUGUAUGCAGGGGAAGUCCCUAACUCACUGAGGGUUCGAGACCCAUUCAGCUACAAUAUUGUAUAAUAAACAGAAGGCAGUGAAUUAUUCAUGGAGAGAUUAAUUUACUCCAAAUUUACCCCAAAUGUCAAUAUAUUUUUUUAAAUUUCCAAGUUUUCAACUUUUUAAAAACAACUCAAGGAGAACAAACCUAGAAAUACAAAAAAAAAAACCCAAUAAAUGGAACAACUUGCAUAUCUGUGGAACAAUACAUAAAACUGGAAUUAAUACCAACAGCGAUUCUCAGGUAACAUUAUAUUAUCAUAACAUUCUCCAAAUAGCUGCAAUUUUUUUCAUGCUAUAAUGCUGCAGGUCACUGUUAGAUGCCUAGGUAAUAAAGGACCACCAGGUGGCCUAAAAGGACUGUGGCCAUUCUUUACCCUGCAUUACUUGUAGUAUAUGGAGUGAAAUUUUUUCAGCUAUAGUUACUGACCAGACAUUGCUAUACCAUGCAGUUAAGUUUAGGUUGUUCAGAGAUUUCCAGUGCCGGGUGACAAUCUGCCCCUAGCCGCUACCAGCAGAAAGGGUCACCCAUCAGACUUCACGGCUUAGUUAGUGCAAUAAAGCACAUAUAGGUUCAAAUUUUAAGGGGACUUCACAGGCUCCAUCCCUGCAUUCCUCUCUCUUCUUCACAGUACUGUACUUUUCUUAAGAGUGACAUUUGCUGGGAACUCCUGGUAUCAUUUUAUGUCCUGCUUCACUUCAUCAUAUGACACUGGGGGCUGUAUUAGCUGCCUUUAGUAUCACAAACAGAUUACCUCAUUAAACAACCUGGUUCUUGAAAAGGCUUCUAACCCUCCCCAGCUUACUUUCACACCAACCAGUUCUAUGUGUAUGUGAAGAAGUGUGCAUGCACAUGAAAGCUUAUACCCAGAACAAACUUAGUUGGUCUCUAAGGUGCUACUGGAUAAUUUUUUAAAUUUUUUAUUCAUUUCGACUGUGUCAGACCAAAACGGCUACCUACCAGAAUCCAGUUCUAUAUUGUUGACAUACCCUGCUUCUCACUUAAAGGAAUAGCUUAUGUACUUCCCAAUGGGAACAUAAGAAGGCAGCAAUUUCUGUUCUUAUCUAUAUAUAUCACAAUCAGUGCUGUUUCAUUUCUGGAGCUAUGAUAGCCAUCUUCAAAUAUCUGAAGGGCUGUCACAUGGAAGAUGGAAAUGAGCUUGUUUUCUCUUGCUCUAGACUCAAACCAAUGGCUUCAAGUUAUAAGAAAGGAGAUCCUGACUAAACAUCAGGAAUAACUUUCUGACAGUAUGAGGUGUUCGACAGUGGAAUGGUCUCCCUGGGAAGGUUGUGGACUCUCCUUCCAAGGAGGUUUUUAAGGAGAGGUUGUAUGACCAUCUGUCGUGGAUGCUUUAGCCGAGAUUCCUGCAUUGCAGGGGGUUGGACUAAAUGACCCUUUGUUCAGGUCCCUUCCAACUCUACAAUUCUAUGAUUCCAUGGUUAUAUGAUUCUAUGCUGCAGUUCAGUUUCCACCAAAUACUAUGUUACUCAUCCUUCUGCCUUCCAUUUAAUGUACAUCAUGUAAAGAAAAUGUCAAAACAAUUAUGUAUUGUUUACAGACUUUAAAAAACACACCAUCACAAAACAACAACAACAACAACAACAACAACAACAACAAUUUAUCAUUCACAUUGAUGUACCCACCAUAUUCGCUUGACUGAUUUCCAUUGCUGACCACAGACAAACACACAAACUGUAGCAAUUUCCACUUCAAUUUUCAUCAGAAUUAUCUGACACCCCUACCUAAUGUCUGUAACCCAAUCUUAUUUCAUUUACAAUUCAUCCCUUUCUUACCCACCCCAAACGGUACGUGGGUAGCGCUGUGGUCUAAACCACUGAGCCUAGGGUUUGCCGAUCAGGUCAGCGGUUCGAAUUCCCGUGACAGGGUGAGCUCGGUCCCAGCUCCUGCCAACCUAGCAGUUCAGAAGCAUGUCAAAGUGCAAGUAGAUAAAUAGGUACCACUCCAGUGGGAAGGUAAACAGUGUUUCUGUGCGCUGCUCUGGUUCGCCAGAAGCGGCUUAGUCAUGCUGGCCACAUGACCUGGAAGCUGUCUGUGGACAAACGCUGGCUCCCUCGGCCUAUAGAGUGAGAUGGGCACGCAACCCCCGAGUCGUCCGCAAAUGGACCUAAUGGUCAGGGGUACCUUUACCUUCAUCCACCCCAAACCACAGAAACAACAUGCUGCAGUUGAGAGCAUGACAAGCUUUCCUAACUGGGUACUCACUAGGUUCCGAUAUGUAAUGUUUUUAUAUAUGUUGCAAGCUUGCCCAGAGCAGCUGUGGCAACCCAGUAAGAUGUGUGGGGCAUAAAUAGUAAAACUAUCACUAUGGAAUGGGACGUCCCAAUUUUGAUAAGAGAAAUGUUGGAAGGUAUAGCCAUUGGCCCCUAAAGAGCGAGUGGAAUGUAUUCAAUAGCGGUAAGUAGCCACUGAAGGCCAUUAAAGAAGCAGUCAAGCUAGACAAAAGCCCAGAGGACAGGAUCUUAAUCAGAAGUCUGUGUGACAUGCUGGAAAACACACAAAAUGCACAGAGAGUGGAAGAGCCGUGCACUUGGGUUGCACUGUUGGCUGUUUAUCUGUCUAUAUGUAAGAGCCUGGUGAUGUAAUCAGGCAAGGGUUGUUCGUGGUGGGAAUUGUGACCUCUUUCCUCAUCUGCUCUAUGACACUGAAGGGCAUGAGCAGGUGCUUGGUGCCAGUGCCACCUCUCCUCCUGCAUUACAGCUCAAAGUGAUACAGCAGGAGUAGGAGAGAGACGGAGAGAACAGAAACGAAGCCUUCUAACUGUUCACCAAGAAGGGAAGUGAGAAUCGGUCAGAGCAUUAUGCGUGAGUGUAUCUCUGUACAUGUUGGGCAAGCUGGAGUUCAAAUUGGCAAUGCAUGCUGGGAGCUUUUCUGCAUAGAACAUGGCAUCAACCCAGAUGGAACUUUCCAGGACGAAACCAACAAAUUUAAUGAUGACGAUUCUUUCACCACAUUCUUCAGCGAAACUCGCACAGGAAAACACGUGCCGCGGGCUGUCAUGGUGGACCUAGAACCCACUGUAGUAGAUGAAGUGCGGGCUGGAGCUUACCGCCAGCUUUUCCACCCAGAGCAGCUGAUCACUGGCAAGGAAGACGCUGCCAAUAACUACGCCCGCGGCCACUACACCAUUGGCAAGGAGAGCAUCGACAUGGUACUAGACCGCAUUCGCAAGCUGACUGACGCCUGUUCUGGGCUACAAGGAUUCCUGAUUUUCCACAGCUUCGGAGGAGGCACAGGUUCUGGCUUUACCUCCCUGCUGAUGGAGCGCCUGUCUGUGGACUAUGGCAAGAAGUCCAAACUGGAGUUUGCCAUCUACCCAGCCCCCCAGGUUUCCACUGCGGUGGUGGAGCCCUACAAUUCCAUCCUGACCACCCACACCACCUUGGAGCAUUCCGACUGCGCCUUCAUGGUGGACAACGAGGCCAUCUACGACAUCUGCCGUCGCAAUCUGGACAUUGAGCGCCCCACGUACACCAACCUGAACCGCCUCAUCAGCCAGAUUGUCUCCUCCAUCACCGCGUCCCUGCGUUUCGAUGGCGCCCUCAACGUGGACUUGACUGAGUUCCAGACCAACCUGGUGCCUUACCCUCGCAUCCACUUCCCCUUGGUGACCUAUGCGCCCAUCAUCUCCUCCGAGAGGGCUUACCACGAGCAGCUCUCCGUGGCCGAAAUCACCAGCUCCUGCUUUGAACCCAACAACCAGAUGGUGAAAUGCGACCCCCGCCAUGGGAAAUACAUGGCCUGCUGCAUGCUCUACCGAGGUGAUGUGGUGCCCAAAGACGUCAACGUAGCCAUUGCUGCGAUCAAGACCAAGAGGGCAAUCCAGUUUGUGGACUGGUGCCCAACUGGCUUCAAGGUUGGCAUCAAUUACCAGGCGCCGACCAUCGUUCCCGGGGGUGACCUUGCUCAAGUGCAACGUGCCGUUUGCAUGCUCAGCAACACCACCGCCAUUGCCGAGGCCUGGGCGAGGCUGGACCACAAGUUUGAUCUGAUGUACGCCAAGCGAGCUUUUGUGCACUGGUAUGUUGGUGAGGGCAUGGAGGAAGGAGAGUUUGCGGAGGCCCGGGAAGAUUUAGCUGCGCUGGAGAAAGAUUACGAGGAAGUUGGAACAGACUCCUUUGAAGAAGAAAAUGACGGGGAAGAGUAUUAAAAAUUCUGGUCCUGGCAGCUCUUUAUUGCACUGGGGAUACAGCUCACCAAACUCUUUGCUGCACAGCUUCUGAUCAUUGCAUGGGGGUGGAUGGAGGAAUGGACAGUAGGAGGGUUUGGUGGAUUGUACCUUGUGCCUACUCCUGCAGCAUAUGUAAAAUAAUAGACCAUCCAUCUGCAAAAAAACAAUUUCCAGUGACUUCCUUUCUUUAUUAUGCCUUAUAUUGAGAGGGGGGAGGAAAUAUUCUGCUCCUUUCUUAAAGCAGUCCAAGAAAAAAAUACAGUAUAAGUACCAGCAUGGCACGGGUGACACAGGACUCAGGGGCUGUUGCAACAUCCCUGGUUAGGACUUAUGCUUCAACUGUCCUACAUCCCAGGUUCAUAGCCAGAAAUUUUGAAGUAAGGAGGCUGAAGGCAGUAGAGAAUCAUUGCAAAAGAUGAAACACAAGUAGUCUAAAAGAUCUGGAAUUAAUUAGUACACAUUAUUUCUUUGUAAGUAGUUGGGUAAAAUAUUGGCUACGCACCUGCUUAUAACUCAACAAAAAAGGCUACACAGUUGAAUUUAAAAAGGAAGAAAGAACAUCCAACAUUCUGGAAGGGAAUAUCUCCAAGUGGGCUAGGCUCCUAUUGUCCUGCCUUCUUCUUUUUUUACCUUGCCUUAUAGCUACAGCGGGACCCAGGUGGCGCUGUGGUUAAACCACUGAGCCUAGGGCUUGCUGAUCAGAAGGUCGGCGGUUCAAAUCCCUGUGAUGGGGUGAGCUCCCGUUGCUUGGUCCCAGCUCCUGCCAACCUAGCAGUUCGAAAGCACGUCAAAAUGCAAGUAGAUAAAUAGGAACCGCUACAGCGGGAAGGUAAACGGCGUUUCCGUGUGCUGCUCUGGUUCGCCAGAAGCGGCUUUGUCAUGCUGGCCACAUGACCUGGAAGCUAUACGCCGGCUCCCUCGGCCAAUAAUGCGAGAUGAGCGCGCAACCCCAGAGUCGGUCACGACUGGACCUAAUGGUCAGGGGUCCCUUUACCUUUACCUUUAUAGCUACAGCAGUAGACAGACUGAUUUGCUGAUACUUGUUCCAGGUAAAACAUUUCCCGCAUUUUAUCUUCUGGAGAUAUGUCAAGGAUGCCUUUAAAAAGUUUUUUUUAUUGUGCACUCGCAUGUGCUAGACUUCUGUGCAUUUCAGCCCCCUCCUCGUUCCAGGUGACCUGUUUAUUGAGCAUUCUUCCUGAUUUGUUUGCACACACUUUGCAAGGAGGUUAGAAGACCUUGACCAUUUAAUGAGCAUUCAUUCUGAUUUGUUUGUGGGGUGGUCUUAUGACAUUGCAUCAACAAAGUGUUACUCCACCUUUAAGUGCAUUUCCCCAUCCUUUUUACCAAAAAUAAAAAUUAAAAUCCGUUUUUUGGGGGGAGAAACAGGUACUGUUGAAUGUACAUAAGUAAAAUCUUCUAUCAUUUCAAUGCCUUGGUACAUAAAAAGUGAUGUUGUUAAUCAUAAAAUAUAUAUCGUAAGAAUAUUUAAAUAUAUAUAAUGUUACACAAGAAUGUAUUGUUUAAUUUUCUAAUUUAGUGAGACAAUCAGUCCCAGAGAACUCAGCUCAAUGGGCCAUUUGUAAUUAAAUAAAAUCAUUUCAUUGAGUUUACUAAGUAAUUAAGAUCCCAGAAAAAAAUCAAUCAAAUCAUAUAU